AUGUCUCCUUCAACUCUCACUGCUUUGGCGGAAGAGAAAACCCUGCGAGCAAGCUUUGUCCGCGACGAAGAUGAACGUCCGAAAGUGGCAUAUAACAAUUUCAGCAAUGAAAUUCCAGUCAUUUCAUUAGCUGGGAUUGAUGAUGGCGGUGAAAAGAGAGGUGAAAUAUGCAAGAAGAUUGUCGAGGCAUGUGAGGAAUGGGGGAUUUUUCAGAUUAUUGACCAUGGGGUCGAUGCUAAGCUAGUGUCAGAGAUGACAAAUCUUGCUAAAGAGUUUUUCGCUUUGCCGCCGGAAGAGAAGCUUAGGUUUGAUAUGUCUGGUGGCAAAAAGGGAGGCUUCAUUGUCUCCAGCCAUUUACAGGGAGAGGCAGUUCAGGACUGGCGUGAAAUAGUGACCUACUUCUCAUACCCACUUCGCACCAGAGACUAUUCAAGGUGGCCAGACAAGCCAGAGGCAUGGAGAGCAGUGACGGAGGUAUAUAGUGAGAAGCUAAUGGCACUUGCUUGCAAGCUUCUUGGGGUCUUAUCAGAGGCCAUGGGAUUAGAAACAGAGGCCUUAACUAAGGCUUGUGUUGACAUGGACCAAAAAGUUGUGGUCAAUUUCUAUCCAAAAUGUCCACAGCCAGACCUUACACUAGGACUCAAACGCCAUACCGAUCCUGGCACCAUCACCCUCUUGCUCCAGGACACGGUUGGUGGUCUUCAGGCCACUAGAGAUAAUGGAAAGACUUGGAUCACGGUUCAGCCUAUUGAAGGUGCUUUUGUCGUCAACCUCGGAGACCAUGGUCAUUAUCUUAGCAAUGGAAGAUUCAGAAAUGCAGACCACCAAGCUGUGGUGAACUCAAACUAUAGCAGGUUGUCCAUAGCCACAUUCCAGAACCCUGCACCAGAAGCUACAGUGUAUCCUCUCAAGAUAAGAGAGGGAGAGAAGCCAGUGCUAGAUGAGCCAAUUACAUUUGCUGAGAUGUAUAAGAGGAAGAUGAGCAAGGAUCUUGAGCUAGCUAAGCUAAAGAAGUUGGCUAAUGAGCAGCAGCAGCAGCUGAAAGAUUUGGAGAAAGCCAAAUUGGAGACCAAGCCCAUCGAGGAAAUCCUUGCUUGA